UCAACAUACAGAACGAAAAAGCUUGGUAGAGUUAAGAUGGCGGCAUGUGGGUGAGGAGGCUGUAGUUCUAAGCUCGGGAUUUUUUGUCAUAAAAUAUUUAUAUGAAUCCUUACAUAUACAGAUAUCGAGAAAAUAACAUUUCCCAGACACAUUUGUGUGUUCAUUUGGAUUGGAUCCAUGACAUCCAUACACUUUGUGGUUCACCCGUUGCCCGGGACUGAGGACCAGCUCAAUGACAGACUUCGUGAAGUGUCGGAGAAACUCAACAAAUACAACUUUAACAGUCAUCCACACCUCAACCUGCUGGAGCAGGCCUCCUUAAAACAAUGUGUAGUUGGCCCAAACCAUGCUGGCUUUCUGCUUGAGGAUGGACGUGUGUGUCGGAUCAGCUUUGCUGUCCAGCCUGAUCGUUUGGAGCUGACCAAACCAGAUGGCAACGAUGGUUCAAAGUUGAGUGGCAGUGGUUCAGGGACAGGAAGGAGCUCCAGGCCAGGCAGGACUAGUGAUCCUCCCUGGUUCCUGUCUGGCUCUGACACACUGGGCAGACUGGCAGGCAACACCCUUGGGAGUCGCUGGAGCUCUGGGGUGAAUGGUGGAUCAGGUGGAGGAGGUGGUGGUGGUGGCGGCGGUGGCAGCAGCAGCAGUGUAGGAGGUGCAGGGGGAGGAGGUGUAGGAGGAGCUGUCAGUGGAGGAGGUGGUGGAGGCUCCUCUGGGAGGUCAUCUACAGCUGCCAGGGACUCGAGACGUCAGACCAGGGUGAUCCGCACAGGGAGGGACCGGGGCUCUGGUCUCCUGGGCAGCCAGCCCCAGCCUGUCAUCCCUGCCUCGGUCAUCCCAGAGGAACUCAUCUCCCAGGCUCAGGUGGUCCUCCAGGGGAAGUCUAGGAGUGUGAUCAUCCGGGAGCUCCAGAGGACCAACCUGGAUGUCAACCUGGCUGUCAACAACCUACUGAGCAGAGACGAUGAGGAUGGUGACGAUGGCGAUGACACAGCCAGCGAGUCCUACCUCCCUGGAGAGGACCUGAUGUCCUUGCUGGAUGCUGACAUCCACUCAGCCCACCCCAGUGUCAUCAUCGAUGCUGACGCCAUGUUCUCUGAGGACAUCAGCUACUUCGGCUACCCCUCCUUCAGACGCUCCUCCCUGUCCCGUCUGGGCUCCUCGCGAGUUCUCCUUCUUCCCUUAGAGCGUGACUCAGAGCUGUUGCGUGAGCGCGAGUCUGUGUUGAGGUUGCGGGAGCGAAGGUGGCUGGAUGGGGCCUCGUUUGACACGGAGAGGGGCUCCACCAGCCGCGAGGGGGAGCCCAGCCUGGACAAGAAGAACAUCCCCGUCCAGAGCCCUGUCUCUCUGGGCGAGGAGCUGCAGUGGUGGCCUGACAAGGAUGGUGUGAAGUUUGUGAGCAUCGGGUCCUUGUUCUCUGAGCUGGUGGCAGUGAGCUCUAAGGGGGAACUCUACCAGUGGAAGUGGAGUGAACCAGAACCAUACAGAAACACACAGAACCCUUCUAUCCGCCACCCCCGGGUGUCCUUCUUGGGCCUGACCAAUGAGAAGAUCACCCUGCUGUCUGCUAACAGCAUCAGAGCCACCGUGGCCACAGAGACCAACAAGGUGGCGACCUGGAUGGAUGACACCCUGAGCAGCGUGGCAUCCAAGCUGGAACACAGUGCCCAGGCCUACCCUGAGCUGCAGGGGGAGCGCAUCUUGUCUCUGCACUGCUGUGCCCUCUACACCUGCGCCCAGCUGGAGAGCAGCCUGUACUGGUGGGGUGUUGUGCCUUUUAGUCAACGGAAAAAGAUGCUUGAAAAGGCUAGAGCCAAGAACAAGAAGCCAAAGUCCAGUGCCGGCAUCUCCUCAAUACCCAACAUCACCGUGGGAACGCAGGUGUUUGUGUCCUCUCUCCAGGUGUGCCUGAGGAAUAACCCCCUCUACCACGCCGGUGCCGUUGCCUUUUCAGUCAACGCUGGGAUCCCCAAGGUGGGACUGCUCCUUGAGUCUGUCUGGAACAUGAACGACAGCUGCAGGUUCCAGCUGCGAUCACCAGAGAGCCUCAAGAACAUGGACAAGACCACCAAGACACAGGAGAUCAAAACGGAGAGCAAGCCGGAGUUGGUAAAGACUGAGAUGGGCCCCCCUCCUUCCCCGGCCUCCACCUGCAGUGACACCUCCUCCAUCGCUAGCAGUGCCUCGCUGCCCUACAAACGAAGACGCUCGACCCCGGCUCCCAAAGAGGAGGAGAAGGUGAACGAGGAGCAGUGGCCACUCCGGGAAGUGGUGUUUGUGGAGGAUGUUAAAAAUGUCCCUGUGGGAAAGGUGCUGAAAGUGGACGGUGCGUAUGUAGCUGUGAAGUUUCCAGGGACAUCCAGCAGCGUGAGCACACAGCCGAGUCAGACUAGUGCUCCAGCUCCCAUCACUGACUCUGACCCCUCCUCACUGCUGCAGGACUGUAGGCUGCUCAGAAUAGACGAGUUACAGGUGGUAAAAACUGGUGGAACUCCAAAAGUUCCAGAUUGCUUCCAGCGUACACCUAAAAAACUCUGCAUCCCAGAGAAGGCUGAGAUUCUGGCUGUGAAUGUUGACUCCAAAGGAGUCCACGCAGUGCUGAAGACUGGUAACUGGGUGAGGUACUGUAUCUUUGACCUGGCCACAGGCAAAGCAGAGCAGGAGAAUAACUUCCCCACCAGUAACCUGGCCUUCCUGGGGCAGAGUGAACGCAAUGUAGCAAUCUUCACCGCCGGACAGGACUCCCCAGUCAUCCUUCGUGACGGAAAUGGCACAAUUUACCCAAUGGCCAAAGACUGUAUGGGCGGGAUCCGAGACCCUGAGUGGCUGGACCUGCCGCCCAUCGCCAGCCUGGGCAUGGGGGUGCACUCCCUGGCCAACCUCCCCACCAACUCAACCAUCAAGAAGAAAGCUGCUAUUAUCAUAUUGGCUGUGGAGAAGCAGACGUUGAUGCAGCACGUGCUGCGUUGUGACUUUGAGGCCUGUCGUCAGUACCUGGUCAACCUGGAGCAGGCUGUUCUCCUGGAGCAGAGUCCCCACGUUCUCCACUCCUUUCUGGGCCACCGCUGCGACGGCAACCGCAACAUCCUCCACGCCUGUGUCUCAGUCUGCUUCCCCGUCAGCAACAAGGAGACCAAGGAGGAGGAAGAAGCUGAACGGUCUGAGAGGAAUACGUUUGCAGAGAGACUGUCAGCAGUGGAGGCCAUCGCCAAUGCAAUCUCUGUGGUGUCUAGCAACAGCUCUGGGAACAGGACGGGCUCUUCUAGCAGCAGAGGGCUGCGUCUGAGGGAGAUGAUGAGGCGCUCUCUGAGAGCAGCAGGGCUUGGUCGUCACGAGUCCGGCCCCUCCUCCAGCGACCACCAGGACCCUGUGUCCCCACCCAUCGCCCCUCCCAGCUGGGUGCCUGACCCCCCUCCCAUGGACCCAGACGGUGACAUAGACUUCAUCCUGGCCCCUGCAGUGGGAUCUCUCACCACAGCCUCAACAGGGACCAGCCAGGGCCCCAGCACCUCCACUAUACCAGGCCCCUCUGAGUCUUCGGUGGUGGAGUCUAAAGACCGCAAGGCCAACGCCCACCUCAUCCUCAAACUGAUGUGUGACAGCAUGGUUCUCAGGCCACACCUCCGCGAGCUGCUCUCUGCCAAGGAUGCCCGUGGAAUGACCCCGUUCAUGCUGGCAGUAAGCGGGAGAGCUUACCCAGCUGCCAUUACUGUUCUGGAGGCUGCGCAGAAAAUAGCCAAGGUGGGAGACCCCGGCAUGACUGAGAAGGUGGAUGCAGACUCUGUGUUCAUGGAGAUGAUUUGUCCCUCGGGGACCAACCCUGACGACUCUCCUCUCUACGUCCUCUGCUGCAACGACACCUGCAGCUUCACCUGGACAGGCGCUGAACACAUCAACCAGGAUAUCUUUGAGUGCCGGACCUGUGGCCUGUUGGAGUCUCUCUGCUGCUGCACUGAGUGCGCCAGGGUGUGUCACAAAGGACACGACUGCAAACUCAAGAGGACCUCUCCCACUGCAUACUGUGACUGCUGGGAGAAGUGUAAGUGUAAGACGCUGAUCGCUGGACAGAAAGCUGCUCGCCUGGACCUGCUGUACAGACUGCUCACCACCACUAACCUGGUCACCAGUCCGAACAGCCGGGGGGAGCAUAUCCUUCUGUUCCUGGUGCAGACUGUUGCUAGGCAGAGUGUGGAGCACUGCCAAUACCGGCCCCCUCGCAUCAGAGAGGACAGGAACCGCAAGGCUGCCAAUGCUGAAGACUCUGACAUGCCGGACCAUGACCUGGAACCUCCACGCUUCGCCCAGCUGGCCCUGGAGAGGGUGCUGCAGGACUGGAAUGCUCUCAAGUCCAUGAUAAUGUUCGGAUCCCAGGAGAAUAAAGACCCGCUGAGUGCCAGCAGCCGUAUCGCCCAUCUUCUUCCAGAGGAGCAGGUGUACCUGAACCAGCAGAGUGGCACCAUCCGCCUGGACUGCUUCACACACUGCCUCAUUGUCAAGUGUGCCCCUGACAUAACAUUUAUUGACACCCUACUGGGGACCUUGGUGAAGGAGCUGCAGAACAAGUACACUCCUGGCCGGAGAGAGGAGGCCAUCGUCGUCACCAGGAGGUUCCUGCGCUCUGUGGCCAGGGUGUUUGUCAUCCUCAGCGUCGAGAUGGCUUCAUCCAAAAAGAAAAAUAACUUCAUCCCCCAGCCCAUUGGGAAGUGCAGGCGUGUGUUCCAGGCCCUUCUGCCCUAUGCGGUAGAGGAGCUGUGCAACGUGGCGGAGUCCCUUAUCGUGCCUGUGAGGAUGGGCAUCGCCCGGCCCACCGCCCCCUUCACCCUGGCCAGCACCAGCAUCGACGCCGUGCAGGGCAGCGAGGAACUCUUCUCUGUGGAACCUUUGCCACCGAGACCCUCCCCAGACCAGUCCAGCAAUUCUAGUCAGACUGCAUCGUCCUACAUAAUCAGGAACCCCCAGCCUCGCCGCAGCAGCCAGUCCCAGCCGGUCAGAGGGCGAGACGAGGAGCAGGAGGACAUUGUGUCUGCUGAUGUUGAAGAGGUGAAGAGUCUCACUAGAAAAGUGGAGGUUGUCGAGGGCGUUGCCGGGGAGGAGGAUCACCAUGAAGACCAGGAGGAACAGGGAGAACAGGGAGAGGAGAACACUGAGGCAGAGGGACAGCAUGAUGAACAUGAUGAGGAUGGAAGCGACAUGGAGUUGGAUCUGCUGGCUGCCGCAGAGACUGAGAGCGACAGCGAGAGUAACCAUAGCAACCAGGACAAUGCCAGCGGGCGGAGGAGUGUUGUCACCGCAGCAACUGCUGGCUCCGAAGCAGGUGCCAGCAGUGUCCCUGCCUUCUUUUCAGAGGACGACUCCCAGUCCAACGACUCGAGCGACUCGGACAGCAGCAGCAGCCAGAGUGACGACGUGGACCAGGAGACGUUUCUAUUGGAUGAGCCCUUGGAGAGGACCACCACUGCCUCGCACGUCAACAGUGCUGCCCAGGCGCCACGCUCCAUGCAGUGGGCUGUACGCAACACCCCCAGCCAGAGAACCACGGGCAGCGCCCCCUCCAGCUCCUCCACCCCCGCUGCAGCGAGCUCCACCGGUCUGAUCUACAUCGACCCGUCCAACCUGCGGCGUAGCAGUGCCAUCAGCACCAGCGCGGCCGCUGCGGCUGCAGCUCUGGAGGCCUCCAACUCGUCCAGCUACCUGACGUCAGCCUCCAGCUUAGCCCGGGCCUACAGCAUCGUCAUCAGACAGAUCUCUGACCUGAUGAGCCUCAUCCCCAAGUACAACCACCUGGUCUACUCCCAGUACCCUGCUGCAGUCAAACUCACCUACCAGGACGCUGUCAACCUGCAGAACUUUGUUGAGGAGAAGCUGAUCCCUACGUGGAACUGGAUGGUGUCCAUCAUGGACUCUACAGAGGCUCAGCUGCGUUACGGCUCGGCCCUGUCCUCAGCAGGCGACCCCGGACACCCAUCCCACCCCCUCCACGCCUCGCAGCACUCCGCCCGCAGGGAGCGCAUGACCGCCCGCGAGGAAGCCAGCCUCCGCACCUUGGAGGGACGGAGGUCUGGGCGUGCGGCCACUCUGCUGACAGUGCGUCAGGGGAUGAUGUCAGCCCGGGGUGACUUCCUGAACUACGCCCUGUCUCUGAUGCGUUCCCAUAAUGACGAGCACUCUGACGUUCUGCCUGUGCUGGAUGUGUGUUCUCUCAAACACGUGGCCUACGUCUUCCAGGCCCUCAUCUACUGGAUCAAAGCCAUGAACCAGCAGACAACUCUGGACACAACACAGAUGGACCGCAAGAGGAGCCGAGAGAUUCUGGAACUGGGACUGGACAAUGAAGAUUCUGAACAUGAGAAUGACGAGGACACCAAUCAAAGCUCCACGCUCCAGGAUAAGGAGGAUGACCCGGUCCCUGCUGAGACGGGGCAGAAUCACCCGUUCUUCCGGCGCUCUGACUCCAUGACCUUCCUGGGCUGUAUCCCCCCCAACCCCUUCGAGGUCCCCCUGGCUGAGGCCAUCCCCCUGGCAGACCAGCCUCACCUCCUGCAGCCCAAUGCAAGGAAGGAGGAUCUGUUUGGCCGGCCUAGUCAGGGCCUGUACUCGUCCUCGUACACAGCAAGCAAAGGCCUGGCCGAGUCCACCCUGGACCGCAGCUGUAUGGAGGUUAACAUGGGCUCCUCUCAGAUCCUACCCACCAAGAUGUCCUACUCAGCCAACUUGAAGAACGUGAUGAGUAUGGAGACUAGUCAACGCGGCAGAGAGGACCAGCCCAUGGACCAGGAGCUAGUGGCUCCAAAGCCAGGCCCCUCACCCCAUGACCUAGCUGCCCAGCUGAAGAGCAGCCUCCUGGCUGAAAUAGGCCUCACUGAGAGUGAUGGCCCCCCGCUCCCUUCCUUUAGACCCCACUGUAGUUUCAUGGGGAUGGUGAUCUCCCAUGACAUGCUGCUGGGCCGCUGGCGUCUGUCUCUGGAGCUGUUCGGGCGCGUCUUCAUGGAGGAUGUUGGAGCAGAGCCUGGAUCGAUCCUGACCGAGCUGGGGGGAUUUGAGGUGAAGGAGUCUAAGUUCCGCCGGGAGAUGGAGAAACUCCGUAACCUCCAGUCCCGUGACCUGGCCCUGGAGGUGGACCGUGACCGUGACCAGCUGAUCCAGCAGACCAUGAGGCAGCUCAACACCCACUUUGGCAGGCGCUGCACCACCACACCCAUGGCUGUGCACCGCGUCAAGGUCACCUUCAAGGACGAGCCGGGCGAGGGUAGUGGCGUGGCCCGUAGCUUCUACACGGCCAUCGCCUUGGCCUUCCUGUCCAAUGACAAGCUGCCCAACCUGGACUGUGUGCAGAGCGUCAGCAAGGGCAUGCAGGCCAGCAGUACGUGUCAUCACGAUUACAACUCAAGUAUGACAUUGAAUCUGAUGCAGCGGCUGAGGAACAGAGACCGGGAGAGGGAGCGGAGGAGUGGAGGGCUCCGAGCCGGCUCUAGGAGAGACCGAGACAGGGACUCGAGGAGACAGCUGUCCAUUGACACCCGGCCCUUCAGGCCAGCCUCUGAGGGGAACCCCAGUGACGAACCUGACCCACUACCUGCCCACAGACAGGCCCUGGGAGAGAGGCUGUACCCCCGCGUCCACGCUAUGCAGCCGGCGUUUGCCAGUAAGAUCACAGGGAUGCUGCUGGAGCUCUCCCCAGCCCAGCUGCUGUUGCUCCUGGCCAGUGAGGACUCUCUCAGGGCCAGGGUGGAGGAGGCCAUGGAGCUGCUCAUUGCACAUGGAAGGGAAAAUGGUGCUGACAGCAUACUGGACCUGGGUCUCCUGGAGGCUCCUGAGAAAGCACAGCAGCAGGAGAACCGUAAGCGUCAUGGCUCCACCCGCAGUGUGGUGGACAUGGAGCUGGACGACCCUGAAGACGGAGAUGACAACGCUCCCCUGUUCUACCAGCCCGGGAAGAGAGGCUUCUACUCUCCCCGGCCUGGCAAGAACACGGAGGCCAGGCUCAACUGCUUCAGGAACAUCGGCAGAAUUCUAGGGCUGUGUCUGCUGCAGAAUGAGCUCUGUCCAAUUACCUUGAACAGACAUGUCAUCAAGGUGCUGCUCGGCAGAAAGGUGAACUGGCAUGACUUUGCCUUCUUUGACCCGGUAAUGUACGAGAGCCUGCGGCAGUUGAUCCGUCACUCUCAGGCUGGAGAGGCAGAGGCUGUGUUUGCAGCUAUGGACCUGGCCUUCGCCAUAGACCUGUGUAAGGAGGAAGGGGCUGGACAGGUGGAGCUGCUGUCAGGUGGGGUCAACAUGCCUGUGACUCCUCUCAACGUUUACGAAUAUGUGAGAAAGUACGCCGAACACAGGAUGCUGGUGGUUGCCGAGCAACCUCUUCAUGCGAUGAGGAAGGGUCUGUUGGAUGUCCUUCCUAAGAACGCCCUGGAGGACUUGACAGCUGAGGACUUCAGGCUGCUGGUCAACGGCUGUGGAGAGGUCAACGUGCAGAUGCUCAUCAGCUUCACUUCCUUCAAUGAUGAAUCUGGUACAAAGACCUUGGCCCGUAUUCACAAAGAAUCUCAGAGGGAAAAUGCUGAUAAGUUGUUGCAGUUCAAACGCUGGUUUUGGUCCAUCGUGGAGAAGAUGAGCAUGACUGAGAGGCAAGAUCUGGUGUACUUCUGGACCUCCAGUCCAUCUCUGCCAGCCAGUGAGGAAGGCUUCCAGCCCAUGCCCUCCAUCACCAUCAGGCCUCCGGAUGACCAACACCUGCCCACGGCCAACACCUGCAUCUCGCGUCUCUACGUGCCACUCUACUCCUCCAAACAGAUUCUAAAACAGAAACUCUUACUAGCCAUUAAGACCAAGAACUUUGGUUUUGUGUAAAGGUUGACAAACAUGUUUACCUGUUGUGUAAUAUUUACCUAGUUACAUUUUUGUAGAUUUGUUUUUUGUCUAUACAAUUUUAUGGAAUUCGAAGAAAAUACAAAAAAUGCAGUCGCUCCCCUGGCGGUUAUUUUGUUUGUUGUGAACACAGACGGCUUGUUCUUAUUUUAUUUUAAUUUUUUUAGUUCUGAAGGUAAUAUACAUUCCUGCAUUGGCUUUGUAAAGUUGAAACCCUCUGCUCUAUUGGCUUAAACCUUUAGUUCCCAGGAAUUUGGCUCGACAGCAAACUGUGCCGAAGCUCAGCCAAAGAGGACCGCAGUAGAAGUAUUUAAAAAGUUAGUCUAAAAAAAAAAAACACUGUGAUUAUGAUUUUGUUCCUUGCCCUAAACAGAAUACUUACUAUCACUGACAGUUCGCUGCUGCCUUGAUGGAAAGUCAAUAUUUUUCUUGUAUAGGGGGAGUAGGGAAUUUCAAAAUAAACUUGGAUGCAAAUUAUCAUUUUAGUCCCUUGAUUGAUGUAGAAUGUAUUUCUGAAUAUGGUUUAAAUGGAUGACCUCACAAUAAAUGCUAGGCAUGCUGAUAACCUGGUUUUAGGAAUUUUACAAAGACUGCAAUUAUUUAGAUUUGUCGGAAUACACCCAAGCAUACAAUAAAACAGGCCACAAAUUCUACUUGACGAGGUGGGCAGCAAAAGUUUGGUUUAAGAUAUGUGAUUCAUCAUUGGGUAUAGUUUUUAAUAAAAUAUACUGGUAACUAA